AUGAGAGAAGCGCCACAGCCGCAACUGAACGGAGCCUACUACGGCCCUUCAAUCCCACCACCAACCAAAUCGUCGUACCGCCCCGGCCGCCGAGGCGGAGGCGGUGGAUUACUAGGCUGCCUUUGCAGCUGCGUCUUCAACUUAAUAUUCCAAAUAAUAUGCACCAUCUUGGUUAUUCUUGGUGUCAUAGUUCUCAUAUUUUGGCUCAUUUACCGUCCUCAGCCACUCAAGUUCCGUGUCACCGACGCUACUCUCACACAGUUCGAUUAUUCGACAGAUAACAAAACCCUGUUCUACAAUCUCGCCGUGAACAUGACCGUGAGAAAUCCGAACAAGCGUCUCGGAGUUUAUUACGACAAGAUCGAAGCCCGGGCUCUAUACGAAGGCGAGAGAAUUGCUUCUUACGAUAUACCAAAGUUUUAUCAAGGUCACAAAUCCACCGAAGACAUGUUCGCUUUAUUCCAGGGCCAGAACAUCGUGGAGCUUAAAGGCAGAGAUUUGGAUCGAUUUAACUCGGAAAAAACAUCAGGGACUUAUAGCAUUGACGUGAAGCUUUACAUGAAGAUUAGGUUCAAGGUGAGGGAUGGGAUCAAGCCAAAGUUCAAGCCCCGAAUCGAGUGUGAGUUGAGGCUGCCGUUGGAUUCCAAUGGUAAAUCUACUGGCUCUUUCGAGACCAAGAAGUGCGAUUUUGAUUGGAGGCGUUAA